UUUGUAUUUUUUUCUGUGUGAAUUGAUGAAAAAUGAAGUCUUCUUCUUCUCUUUACCAACAAGAUAAACUCCAUCACUACAGCAAAAACGAACGAUGCAUCAGCAAAGGAAGACUAGCUCCUUUCCUGUUUUCUUCUCUCGCUUUAACUACCAUUUUCAGCUUCUUCCUCCUCAACUCUCCAAACCCUUUAAAGAUAUUGCACAAACAAGACCCUGAUCAAAGCCUGCGCUUCAUCAAAUCACAAAAGGAAGACAAGUGUGACUUGUUCAAAGGCCGAUGGGUUCCGGAGCUUGAAGGAGGGCCACAGUACACAAAUUCAACCUGUGCAACGAUUCCGAUAUCGAAGAACUGUUUCAGGCAUGGAAGGAGAGACAGAGAUUUUCUGAAUUGGAGAUGGAAACCUGAGAAGUGUGAUCUUCCAAAGUUUAAUGCCAAGAUAUUUCUUGGAAUUCUUCGAGGGAAAAAACUUGCAUUCAUUGGUGACUCAGUUGCCAGGAACCAUAUGGAGUCCCUUCUCUGUCUCUUGUCACAGGAGGAAACUCCAAUUGAUGCUUACAAAGAUUCUGAAGACAGGAAUCGGAUAUGGUAUUUUCCUGAGCAUGACUUCACUCUGAAAAUGGUGUGGUCAAUAUUUCUGGUAGUUGGCAAAGAGAGAAUUGUAAAUGGCUCAUCUUCCGGCGUGUUUGAUUUGCACCUUGACAAUGUUGAAGAGAAAUGGACCAGAGAGCUCCCCAUUUUAGACUACGCUAUCAUAUCAACAGCUCACUGGUUCUUUCGGCCAAUUUACUUGCACGAAGCCGCCAAUGUAAUCGGAUGCGUAUAUUGCAGCGAACCAAAUGUAACCAAAUAUGAUGUUGUGGACGCCCUCGGAAUGGCCUUCAAAGCUACAUUCAAAUACAUCAACAACUGCGAGAGAUGCAGCAGGAAGUUAGUUACAUUGCUGAGGACAUUUUCGCCUUCCCAUUUUGAGAAUGGAACUUGGAACACUGGAGGAAACUGCAACAGGACAAGCCCCUAUGACGAAAGAGAUAUCGAAUCCGAAGCUAAUGAAUGGAAAUUAAGAAACAUUCAGGUUGAAGAAAUUGAAAGAGCUAGAAAAGAAGGUAAAAAACAUGGCAAAAAGUUUGAGAUUUUGGAUGUGACAAGGGCUAUGCUUAUGAGACCUGAUGGGCAUCCUGGAGCAUUCUGGGGAAACAAAUGGAUGAAGGGUUAUAAUGACUGUGUUCAUUGGUGCUUGCCGGGUCCAAUUGAUGUAUGGAGUGAUUUCUUAAUGGCGAUUCUUGCAAAGGAGGUUGGCUUAAAUUUUUUAUCUUAG